GGGAGGAAGCAAAGCCCAACCAAUGGCGGCGAAUCGGCAUCCGAGCCGCUCGGAACCCUAGCCUAGCCUACCCUCGCCCGCCCCGCCAUGGCAAGUCCUCCUUGCCCGCCGUCGCCGCUCGCCAGGGUGCGGCUCGACGACGUGGCGCCCCACGACGGCGCGGCCGCCCCGGGCUACGCGCGCGCCGUCGCCGCCCUCGCCGCCUCGCUCGCCCGCCGCGGCGCCGCCGUGCUCGAGCUCCCCGCGGCGGACGCGGCCGUCGUCCGCUGCGCCCUCGAGUCCGCCCGCGCCUUCUUCCGCGGCCGCCACGCCGCCUACCUCUACCGCGCCGGGAGGACUUUGGAAGAUGGAGAGUUGUCCCCUGCUUGCAUGGCUGAUGCUUUCAGAUGUUUGGGCAAAGCAGCCCGGGCCGCCCUCUGUGCAAUAGCACGGCACCUGCGCCUGCGUACCGAUGUAUUCAACCAAUUACUUGAUGAUACUCCACUGCCGGUUAACGAGAUCUCCUCAUCUGAGUUGCUGGUGUCAUAUUCUCACGAACAGCUCCAAAGUGGUCAGGCACUCAUGGGAUGUCCCAGCAGGUCCUCAAUGCCUCAAGUUGAUAGGGGAUUUGUAAUGCUAGUUGCUUCCGAUUGUCCAGGAAUUGAGGUUUGUGACCCAAAUGGCCAUUGGUACAUAGCUGAUGGGGUUUCAGGCCCAAAUAAUCUAUUGCUUCUGACUGGAAGGGCCCUAAAUCAUGUUACUGCUGGUCUCUGCCCAAUUUCCCACUACAGGGUCACCAAUGAGAAUAGGGCAUCACUCACCUUUAGGUUGGUGCCUCAUGCCAACGCCAUAUUGGAUUGCUCUCCAAUUUUAGCUGCUGGGCAUUGCAUACGACAGGUGUACCAACCCAUACCUGCAAGCCAAUUUAUGGAUGAUUCCUGUGCCGAAGAACAUGCUGUUUCCAGUCACUUGGAUGAACCUUCUGAAUCUCAGGGCAACUUUGUUAGUGACCCAUCACUGAGAAGUGUCCUGUCAGACCCUCUGUCUGGGUCAUUUCUUGAAGAUGCCAUGGUUCUCCAAUGUGGGCACUCAUUUGGUGGCCUCAUGCUGAAGAAAGUCAUUGAAAUGGCUAGGUGCACCAUUUGCAAUGGAGAAGUUGACCCAUCCUCUUUGUUCCCUAAUCUCGCUUUGAGAGCAGUAGCCACGGUGGUGAAGAUGGAGGAUGAUAGGAGACUGUUUCAUAACGCUGCUCUUCGGAAGCGCAGGAAAGAUGUGACCGAGCAUACAGAUGUGCCAAAGCGGACUGGGAGUAGCAAAGACAACAAUGAGCUUGCUCUGGAUGCUGGAAGCCCGGUGGCAUUCAAGGGAGUGCAGUACCCUUUUGUAGUGGGCGAGAGGGUCCUGAUCAUGGGGAACAAAAGGACGCCCGAUAAAUUCGUCGGGAAGGAGGCAGUCAUCACUUCGCAGUGUCUGAAUGGCUGGUAUCUUGUGAAGGCGCUCGACAGCGGAGAGAGUACGCGGCUGCAGUACCGGUCACUGAAGAAAGUGUCGGAGCUGCAACUACAGACGCAAGCGAGGCUGCAGCCCCUGGCAUUUCUCGGAGGCAGAUGAUAAGAGAUGGUGAUGAAGGAUCAUGUGUGAACCAUAAGUCCAUAACCACUACCCAAGGUGUCGGUCAGGUAGUAAGAGGAAGAUAUGGUGGUAGUGCUGCUGUGUGCAAGUUGUGAAUCAAUGUAUCUUGAUUUCUUUUCUUUGUUUGUAUAGGUAGGGCGCUCCCAUGCUCCCUUGUUCGAAGGCAAGAUCAAUGUAAAAGUCGAGAGUAGGAAAUGCAGUCCCGUGCCUGCCUCAGGGUAUCCGACGGCUGGAAUAGUAAGCGACACAUGUUUGUGCGUCCAAUCUGGGUUUGUAGAAGAGGAAGAAUGUGUUUGUGUGUGUUCUUCAAGGCUGUCUCCAGAUUGUACAAGACCUUUCUGUGACCGGACCUGUCAUGUCCACAGUGCCAUGGCUGGCUCAUUUGCUAGUAGGAGUAUUCACUAACUAUGUUUGGGCAAUUAUAUUUCGGUAUGAUGACCCAUCAAUGUUUUUGUUUGUUUGAA